CUUGCAUACUCCGGCCCAUUUACUGUGGCUUGACCAUCCCUUUGAAUAUCCACCAGCCCUCCUUUCCGUCUCGCCAUGUCUUCACCAAGAACCCCGGGAUCGCCGCCCAGUCAGCCAUAUCAGCAAGGACAUGUAUCUCGUCGGGACAACCAGUCCGUCUCCUCCUCGUACUCUGCGUCGUCGUCGACGGCUAGAAAUGAUCGUGGCACGCGUACAAGGGGUAAUCAACCAGCAGUUGAAUCGGCGGUGACGCGUUUACUGGUCUCCAUCAAGAGCCUCCUCGAGUACCUCACUCUAUGGAGCAAUUUAGAGAAGUCGGAAUCUGAAGUUAGCGAUGUAUAUGUACGGCUGGGAAACGACUUCAACGCGGCCGUGUCUGCGUUCGGUGUUUAUGACAUCGACAUGAGCGAAUUGAUCACUGUCCCGGAUGACCUUCGCACUGUACUUGAAGAGUGUCUUUCUGAGGAAGCGACGCCGAAGAAUCUUGACAAAUACCUGCCUACUGUCCGGCAAAUCAUCACUCGUCUCCUCCAGGGGUUGCGCAACAAGCAGUCGCUGUAUCGCAAGAAUAUAUCAGAACAUCGCCAUCGUUCUUCCGCAUCGUCGGGACAUGACCGCACGGACAGCAGGUCGUCUCGCGCCACUGAACGAUCAUCUCGCGCCACUGAACGAUCAUCUCGCGGUGUGGACGGGCCAUUCCCCACGCGUAGCCGGACAGCGACCGAAGAGGGUACUAUGCGUAGGAGUACGGCAUCAACGCGAAGUCGUCGCAAGGACUCGGAAGGAGCUCCCAUGCCUUCUAGAGAGGCCGAUGACGAACCGUUUGUUGGGGGGUUCGUGAACCCUUCUCCAUCGGGCAUACCACAGCAUCCCCCGCCUCGAAGUGACAGCUACUUCAGUGUGCGUUCUGAUCCCCCGGGUGAUGGCACACCUCAUACCCGGAGCAUGUCCAGCGCAAGUAACGGGGCACCGUCUCGAACGCCUACAGCGGACAGCUCGCAACUGCCGCCACCUCCGCCACCUAUACAACAAGCCCCUGCUCAUGUCAAGCGAUACUCAUUGGUCGAUAAGCCAAGCACUCCGCCGGCCGUUGUAGUCGUGGAGUCGCCCAGCGAUGAACCCCCGAUUUCAAUAUCACCUCCUCCAGAGACUCCUUCCGCCGAGGGACCUCAACAAAUCCCUGCCAUGGCUAGUUCUCUCGCCGCUCUGAAGAAAAGCGACACUUUGGAACGACGGGCGUCAAAACGGUUCUCCAUGUACAAUAUAUCGAAGAUGACAGGCGGGUCAAUACGCAGUCCAGGCCAAGGGAACCGUCGCUCGAUGGCUGCUGCAUCCAACGCCCUUACUCCCGGGGAGCUCGCUGUACUCACCGAGGCCGAUGAGGGUGAGGAGGUUACGCCGAAGAAGGACACAUCUCAAAGUCGCUCUCGGGGACAUUCACCGGACGCGCCGCCGGUGCCUCCGUUGCCUAAGCCUCCAUCGGUCGUCGACCCAUCUCCUGCACCAGAGGCAACCGCAGAGCCCUCCCUGUUGCCCAACGGAAUGAGCAUCACUGGACCCCCGCAGACUUCCGUUGGGCCGUCGACGCUGACUCCUCCGCCAUCAUCAAGUACAUCUUCGCAUUUGACUGUCUUCCUCCAAGUAGGUCGAGACGUCAAGAAGGUUACCAUGGACCAUGGGUGUUCUUUUUCUUCUCUGAGGAUGCUUUUCGUCGACAAGUUCGCCUAUAGCCCUGGGCAAGGAGAUUUUCCGGCUAUAUACAUUCGUGAUCCAUCGAGCGGUGUACAGUACGAGUUGGAGGAUAUGGACGAGGUCAAGGAUCGGUGUCUGCUCUCGCUCAACAUCGAACCUCUCGACCAGAUCAAGCAACAUAUUGAUACACAGAUUGCCAGCUUGGCGCAAGACAUCAAGGAUCUCAAGUCGAGCGUAUCAAACAAUCGAAGAAUGUCCUCUGCACUACCACCCAUCGUCGGCCAGGCGUUCGAUGCGUCUACUCCGGGACCAACGAGACCAACAGACCGGCAACUGGCACACGUUGCUCGUCGCUUGUCGCGUAUAGUCGAUGAGGAGUCUGCAUCGUCUUCUGCAGCCCCUGUUUCUUCCCAAUUCACAGCCGCUCUCGUGCCUCAGAUGACAGGCGUCUCCGUCCUUUCCGAGAAUGCGACACGUAUUGUGUCUGACCUGCGAACGCAGUUCGACGAGGUUCAAAACCUGCGUCGAGAUCUGGGCGUUAUGCGCCAGGUCUAUACCGAUUUCAUCAAGCAGACCAAAGAUUCUCUUGGCCAUCUCCGAGCACAAACACAGAACGUGCGCCAGCUCGCAUCAGCCAAGGUCGGUGGCGCGCGUGCGUAUAUCGACUCGGGCAAGGCGAAUCUCGAUCAGCGUAGCCAGACGGUACUCACGAAGAUGGAGGAGCUGCAGGAUCUGGUGGAGAGCGUGAAGGACGAUGUUCUCAAGAAGAACGUUCGCCCCAAGCCUGGUUUACUGAAGAACAUCAAGGAGGACAUGGAGGCCGUGGCGACCGAGCUCUCUAGCCUCGAAGAACAUAUCAAGACCGUCAAGCCAAUGUGGAAGAAGACUUGGGAAGAGGAACUACAGAACAUCGUCGAGGAACAGCAGUUUUUACAUCACCAGGAAGAGUUCAUGGGCGACCUGCUCGAGGACCACAAGGCGGUGACGGAGGUGUGGGGCCACGUCGAGAAAGUCCUCUCCGUUCGAGGCAACAGUACCAGCGGGCGAGGAGGAAAGGCGCGAGGUUACCGUCCUCCCCCACCUCCCGAGGAAGGUGGUGGUGGUUUGACCUCCGUCAUGAUGGAGAUACGCAGCGCAGCUGUUGACCCGGAACGGAGGAUGAAAGCUAUCGCCGCUAACCAGAAGAAUCGGGAGAAGGAGCUCUCAAGUCGUUCGGACGAGUUCCAGGAAGAGUUGACCGGCUUCGUGCAGGGGAAGAAGUUGAAGAUGACUGGGGGUGCGGAGGAGACGGAACGGUUGAGACAGAAGCGGAACGACAUGGCAUUGAAGGCUAUGUUUACCGGUGGCGGGACUCCGACGCUUGGCAGUAGCGCGCCUCCGUCACCUGCGAAAGAGGACGAGGUCAAUCCGGAGGAGGCCUCAUGAAGAGCAUCAUGCAGAUACGCCCCUGGCUCAGGCAUGAGUUACAUAGC